GGUGAAGGUGUUGUGUGGAUGAACGAAGUCAAGUGCAGAGGGAAUGAGAUUCACCUGUGGGACUGUCCUCUCUCCCUGAAUAACCACACCGACUGCUCCCGCAAGAAGCUUGUUAGACUCACCUGUGCAGAUUUGUCAGUGUCCACUAUUCCUGGCACAACAUCAUCAGCUUCUCCUAUAGUUUCACCUCCAGUGCGCUCAACAUCAGUCUCUCCUCCACAAACUCCUCCACCAGUGUCUCUCCCAGUGCUUGUGAUUGUUCUGGGAGUUGUGCUCUUACUGCUCUUAGUGCCACUGCUUAUACUGAUUCAGCAGAACAGAGUGAUGAAGAGAGCUCUCUCUAAGAGGAGACACAGGACGAUGUCUGAGACCGUUUAUGAGGAGAUUCAGCACAGACACAAUCACUUCACUCAGAGGGUGGACACACUAGAUCACUAUGAUGAUAUCAUCAUCAUUGGACAAAAUUUUCAAGGUGCAACAAAGGGAGAUCCCGAGUAUGAUGAUGUGAAGAACAGCAAUGAAGAUGAGAGAAACCUGUUAGAGAGAGUUCAGGAGGAGUAUGAUGAUGUGAUGAGUGUCAGUGAAGAUGUGAGAAACCUGUUGGAUUAUGAUGAUGUGGAGGAGGAGUCAAACAAAGACGUGGUGCAUUCAGCUCAGUGAUCAUCCACUGCCUCGGUUCAACAAAUCUGAACAAGGUUUAAGUGAUACUGAUAUUGAUAUGUCACAUCUCAGUUUUUUAUAUUACCGAACCCCCCAGCCCCCACCCCCCAAUUUUUGUAUUUCAACUUUUAA